GUACAAGACACAGCUGGCGGGCUGCCUGCUGAGGUAAUUCGUCCACCCCUCCAAAUCGACCGAUUCACUCUCCCCCCUUCCUCCCAAACUUCGUAGGCAAUCUAUUACCUACCUUACCCAGCCUCAGAGCCUGAUAGGACGAAAGCUGCAUAGAUACAUACACUAUACAGAAUCACUCAUCACUCACCCAAGCAAGCCUCCAACUGCUUUGAGCUGAACUCCAAACACACCCCUCCCUCCUCUGCUUCCUUCCCCCUUGUACUUGACUUGACAAGCUGCAGGACAAGGAAGAGUCAUCCAGCAUCCCGUGCGAAACUUCUUGCAGCAGGUGGCGAAUCACAGCACUGCUUCGCUGUUUUUGCUUACACUCACUUCAGUUCCAUUUGGAGAGAAGUGGCCUAUUAGUCACCCGCCAGGGCCAAUUAGUUGCCGAAUCAUCAUCCUCCUCAUCCUUGCCAGCCACCAUCAUCACCAAAGCGUGCCUUGAAAAACCUCCCUUCUUUUCUCAGGCUGUUACCUCACCUUGGGACUCUUGGCCAGUAUUUACAACUAUAUACAAACAAGCUUGCUCUCUCUCCAUCUCCCCCCCCCCCCCCCCAUCCCUCAUUCACUCAGUUCUUUCAUCUGGCUUUACCUUUCUGUCCAUAGCACUUUUGAUACCCCCUUCCCCCGUCACUUCCCUUCACAUCACCACCCAUCAUGCCUGUCGUCACACCUGAUAAGUUGGCAAGCCUGCAAAGGCACGCCUCCGAUGUACGGAAUAUCUGCAUCCUGGCCCAUGUUGACCAUGGCAAGACGUCCCUGACAGACGCCCUCCUCGCAACAAACGGCAUCAUCUCCCCCAAGCUCGCUGGCAAGAUCCGCUACCUCGACUCGCGGCCCGACGAGCAGCUGCGCGGCAUCACCAUGGAGUCCUCUGCCAUCUCCCUCUACUUCUCCAUGCUGCGCCGUUCCGCCCCGGACGCCGAGCCUGAGGCGAAGGAGUACCUCAUCAACCUCAUCGACUCGCCCGGUCACAUCGACUUCAGCAGUGAGGUCUCCACCGCCUCACGCCUAUGUGACGGCGCCGUCGUCCUGGUCGACGCUGUCGAAGGUGUCUGCAGCCAGACCGUCACCGUCUUGCGGCAGAGCUGGACCGAGAAGCUGAAGCCCCUGCUUGUCAUUAAUAAGAUCGACCGCCUCGUCACCGAGCUCAAAAUGUCCCCCGCCGAGGCCUACACCCACCUCAGCAAGAUCCUCGAGCAGGUCAACGCCGUCUUGGGCAGUUUCUUCCAGGGCGAGCGCAUGGAAGAGGACCUUAACUGGCGCGAGCGCAUGGAGGAGCGCGUCCAGGCCGCCGCCGCGAGAGAGGCCGACGCCGAUGCGACAACCGAAUCGGGCGAGCUUCAGUUCCAGGAGCGGGACGACGAGGACCUGUACUUCGCGCCCGAAAAGAACAACGUCAUUUUCAGCAGCGCCAUCGAUGGAUGGGCCUUUACUGUACGGCAGUUUGCGAGCUUGUACGAGAAGAAGCUCGGCAUUAAGAGGGGCACGAUGGAAAAGGUGCUCUGGGGGAGCUUCUACCUCGACCCCAAGACCAAGAAGAUCCUGGGCCAGAAGCAUCUCAAGGGGAGGAAUCUGAAGCCCAUGUUCGUCCAGCUGGUUUUGGAGCCCAUCUGGACCGUCUACCAGGCCACCGUCGGCGGCGACCAGGGAAGGGGCGACCCGGCCUUGCUGGAGAAGAUCACAAAGUCCCUCGGCCUCACCAUCCCCCCUCACAUCAUGCGCUCCCGGGACCCGCGGCUGCUCCUGACGACCGUCUUCUCGUCCUGGCUGCCGCUGUCGACGGCGAUGCUAGUCUCCGUCAUCGAAUCCCUGCCAUCUCCCCCGGUUGCACAGGCCGAGAGGCUGCCCGAGAUGCUCGAAAGCGUCCCCGGCGCUGACUCGGUCGACGAGCAGAUCAAGGAUGCUAUGGUCUCCUUCAAGACCGGCCCGUCCGACCCCGUCGUGGCGUACGUCAGCAAGAUGGUCUCGGUCCCCGAAAGCGAGCUGCCUCAUAAGAAACGCAAGCCCGGUCAGCUGACGCCCGACGAGGCGAGAGAGCUUGCGCGCAAGAAGCGAGCCGAAGCGGCUCGCGCCCAGGCCGCGGCGCCGUCCGCGGCCGCCAACGGCAUCGACGACCUCACGACGGCCCUUGAGGAGGUCGACCUGGACGGCUACGCCCCCGAACACGAGGAAAAGGAGGUCGACCCGGAGCACCUCAUCGGGUUCGCGCGCAUGUACUCGGGCACCCUCUCCGUCGGCGACCCGCUCUGGGUCAUCCCGCCCAAGUGGUCGCCCGCGAACCCCAACGCGUCGCCGCAGCCGAAGCAGAUCACCGUCACGGCGCUCUACAUGCUCAUGGGCCGCAACCUCGAGAGCCUCGAGUCUGUCCCCGCGGGCGUCGUCUUCGGCAUCGGCGGCCUUGAGGGCCACCUUCUCAAGAACGGCACAUUGUGCAGCCGGCUCGAGGGCGCCGUCAACCUUGCCGGCAUCGCCACCCUCGGCAAGCCCAUCGUCCGCGUCGCCCUCGAGCCCGUCAACCCGGCCGACCUGGACAAGAUGAUUCACGGCCUGCGCCUGCUCGUCCAGUCCGACCCGUGCGCCGAGUACGAGCAGUUCGGCAGCGGCGAGCACGUCCUCCUGACCGCCGGCGAGCUGCACCUCGAGCGCUGCCUGACGGAUCUGAAGGAGCGCUUCGCCCGCUGCGACAUCCAGGCUGGUGCCCCCAUCGUCCCCUACCGCGAGACCAUCGUCCGCGCUGACGAGAUGCGGCCCCCGGCCAACAAGGACCUCGGCCGCGGUGUCGUCGUCGGCACCACCUCCUCCAAGCAGGUCUCCAUUCGUCUGCAGGUCCGCCCCUUGCCCGCCGACGCCACCGACUUCCUCCUGAAGAACGGCGAUGUCAUCAAGCGCAUGUACUCGGACCGCACCGCCGCCUCCCAGGGCGGGGACUCGACGCCCGCGGCUGAGGCUACGUCCGAGUCCGCGACCGCCGGCGCCGAGGAGAAGAUCGAUAUCGACACGGACGUGACGGCCGCAGCCAAGAUCAUGUCCCUCGACGACUUCAGAAGCGGCCUGCAGUCGGCCCUCGAAUCCACCCGCGGCGGCCGCGAGCACUUCAAGUCCGCCGUCGACCGCAUCGCCGCCUUCGGCCCCCGCCGCACGGGUCCCAACCUCCUCAUCGACUCGACCAAGGAGGGCCUCCUCACCAAGCUCUUCUCCCCGUUCGCCGAGCGCGAAGGAUCCGCGGCGCCGCAGGCCGACGAGGCCCUCCGCCCCGUCCACGUUGCCGACAAGAUCCCCUACGCCUUCCAGCUUGCGACUGCCCAGGGCCCGCUCUGCCACGAGCCCGUCCAGGGUAUUGCCGUCUUCAUCGAGGACGUCGUCAUCAACGCCGCAGAGGACGACGAGCCCGCCUCGGCCCCGACUGCGCGCGACCGCCUCCCCCGCCUCACGGGCGAAGUCAUCAAGACCGUCACGGCCUCCCUGCGCGCCGGCAUGCUCGACUGGUCGCCGCGGCUGAUGCUGGCGCUGUACACGGUCGAGAUCCAGGCAUCGACCGAGGUCCUCGGCCGCGUCUACGACGUGCUCACGCGCCGCCGCGGCCGCGUCCUUGCCGAGGCCAUGAAGGAGGGCACGCCCUUCUUCACGAUCCAGGCCGUGCUUCCCGUCGCCGAGUCCUUUGGCUUCGCCGACGAGAUGCGCAAGCGCACGAGCGGCGCCGCGCAGCCCCAGCUCAUCUUCGCCGGCUACGAGGUCCUCGACGAGGACCCAUUCUGGGUGCCCUUCACCGAGGACGACCUGGAGGACCUCGGCGAGCUGGCCGACAAGGAGAACGUCGCCAAGCGGUACAUGGACGGCGUGCGGAGGAAGAAGGGCCUGUUGGUCGAGGGGAGGAACGUGGCGAGGGAUGCCGAAAAGCAGAAAACGCUGAAGAGGUAGCGAUGUUGUCGUGAAGAGAGGGAGACCAGGCGGCGGGGAAAAGAAAUGAUUAGGAAAGUAGACGUAGACUACGUUCAACGAGAGAUUGAAGCGAUGAAACCUUAACAACGAAACAUUUGUUCUGUCGAAAGUUCAGUUUUACCCUGGUUCAAUGUUGAGACUCCCGCGUCGUCGAUAGAAAUACCUCUCAACGGAUAAAAAACAAAUACACGCAUAUUUUCUUCUUCACAGAUAACAUCUCAUGAAGCACAAUACAUUGUUUGUACUUUGUAUUUCAUUCCGUUUGCCUGUCAUUGUCUAUCUAGCAUCUCAUGGACGGACCGAACCACACACCCAACCGCCAACGGCACGCCCAACACACCGCCCAACACACCGCCUUACCAGUCUCACCCUCCGUUCUUUCCAUUCGGUCCAUUUUCCAGUCCAUCGCCAUCAAUCAUUC